AUGUUAUUAAACGAGAAUGAGACAAAUAAUUUCAAAACAGUCAGAACAAAUAAUAAAGAAGAGUCAAAUUUAAAUGAUGAUAAUUCUUUUUCAAUGUCAAUAUACAACGACAUAAGAAUUUCAUUUGUUGAUAACAAACCAGAUGAAACCAAGCAUUCGAUGAUUAAUGAAUCAAUUUCAACAAAUAUUAAUAGCACUAAAAAAAAUAAUCAAGUUUCAUUUGUUGAUAACAAACCAGAUGAAACCAAGCAUUCAAUGAUUAAUGAAUCAAUUUCAACAAAUAUUAAUAGUACUAAAAAAAAUAAUCAAGUUUCAUUUGCCGAACAGACUAUUGAAUUAUUCAGCGAUGCUUUAUCUCGUGCUGAAUAUUUUGAUAAAAUGAUCAAAAUAAUCAAAGAAAAUUUAACAGAACAUCAUCAAAGUCCCAUGAAAUUCUUUAACGAUCUUUUAUCAAGCGACAAUAAUGAUGAUCGAGACGAAUUUCAUUGCUUGCUCGGUUUCUGUUAUGAGCAUGGAAUCGGAACAACCGUAAAUUUCGAGAAAGCUUUCAACUCAUACUUGAACGGAACUAAAUCGAAUGGAAUCUACAGCCAGAAUUUAUUGGCACAUUGUUAUCGAGAUGGAAUUGGCACUGCAUAUUGUUAUGAAAAUGGAAUUGGGACAAUGGCAAAGCCGAAAUCCGCCUUUUAUUGGUACGAGAAAUCAGCACUCGCACACGAUCCACAAGGUGAAUACUAUUUGGGAUACUGUUAUCACCAUGGAGUCGGUACCAAAAAAGACAUACAAAAAGCAUUAUACUGGUACCGUCUGUCAGCCAAAGACGGAGACCCUUAUGCACAAUGCAGAUUAGGCAUAUUCUAUGAUUGGGGAAAAACAGGUAUACAGGUUGAUGUCCAUGCCGCAAUCUAUUGGUAUAGGAAGGCAUUUAACAAUAAUCAUACUAAUGCAGGACGCAGACUUAAUAAUUUAUUUCAGAUUAAUGGAAAUUCUAGCUAG